AGAGCUCACCGGGAUGGCAUAAGAGAGUGGCUAUUACUACGGGAGGAGAAAACCUACCGACCGAACGAAGACAGACAGCGUCGUGGAAUCGUCCCAUCGGCGAUGGCACGAGUAGAGGUGUUUUUGUUCACGGCUCUAGCUCGCAUUUCGUCUGGGAAAUCUGCUUCCUUUAUUGGCUAUUCCUGAUCGGCACACCAACCGACACCUCCAACUAUGGAUUGUACUGAAGUUCCACCUUGUGUGUUUUUGCGUCAAGAUAAUCGAGAUAAAUAAGAGGAAACCAUCACGGACGGCUGUGAGCUAUUAUCCAUUCCGGACUGUUCUCCAUCUAUAGAGCGGGUCAUUGAGAAAUGCAUAAGUGAACGGAUUUUUACCCGAAAUAGAUUUUGGUAGGCUAUUUUGUUUCAAUCCUCGGCUGCAAUAUUCAGGAUAUUCCAUUGGUUUACGUGUAAAGGACAUGGACACAAUGUUUAUUACCCACUGUCUGCGCAAGUUAUGUGCUAUGUUUUAGCUACCAGAAACUAUCCCUUUAGUUAGAAUAGAUGUCUUCGUGCUCUCUAUUUCGCAAUUAACGGCCUGGGAUGAUAUAACUGCAGUUUAGUUGAUUGCUUUGCGCUGCUGUAGUUAAGCCCCGUUUAACAGAUAAAGGCCUGUUGGGAUAGACCCUACGCUGAUCACCUGUAUAGGGUUUCAGAAAUACCCUUUUGUUAAUUUUGACAACAGAAACCUCAAUAUUUUUUUAAAAAUUCAAAUGUAAUUCAUAUGAACGCAAGUAACCCUAUUCUGAGCUGCUGUGUACAGUUGUAGGCUGUAAAGUGGAAACAUCUCCCCACCUCACUACUCACUAGCAAGGUGACAGUAGGAGUAGGGUUGCAGUGUGAGCAGAGUUCUCUGUGUGACAAAACGACAGAAGGACAACAGCCAUGGCUCUGCCAGAUAACACCCCCGGCAUUCCCAUAGGGGAGGAAGUCAUCUUCCCUGAGAUAGUAGAGCUGAACGUGGGUGGCCAGGUGUACAUCACCCGCUACUCAACCCUCAUCAGCGUACCAGACUCUCUCCUGUGGGAGAUGUUUAGCAGGAAAACCACCAAAGGGCUGGCGAGGGACACCAAGGGCCGUUUCUUUGUGGACCGUGAUGGUUUCCUGUUCCGGUAUAUUCUGGACUAUAUGAGAGACCAGCAGCUGGUGCUCCCAGACCACUUCCCAGAGCGGGGUCGCCUGCAGCGGGAGGCUGAGUUCUUCAACCUCCCUGAGCUUGUAAAGAUCCUGGCGCCCAAACUCAGCAAGCAGAACUCAAUGGGCGACGAGGGGUGUCAGAGCGACCCGGAGGACUCCUCGCCGGGCAUCGACACCGGGCGCAACCUGGCCUCGCUGGGCACUGCCGCCUGCGCCAGUCUGAUCCCCAGCGGAGACGGUAAACGCUCAGGAUUCAUCACCAUCGGUUAUCGCGGCUCCUAUACUUUGGGGCGCGACAGCCAGACCGAUGCCAAGUUCAGACGUGUUGCUCGCAUUAUGGUCUGUGGCAAGACGUUGCUGGCUAAAGAGGUGUUUGGGGAGACGCUGAACGAGAGCCGGGACCCGGACCGACCCCCGGAGCGCUACACGUCACGCUACUACCUAAAAUUCACCUUCCUGGAGCAGGCCUUUGACAAGCUGGCGGACGCCGGGUUUCACAUGGUGGCCUGUAACUCCACGGGGACCUGCGCCUUCGCUCACGAGCUGACGGACGACAAGAUCUGGACCAGCUACACUGAAUACGUGUUCUACCGUGAGUGAGACCAUCAUCAGCACCUGGUCCCCGGGCCCCCUAGUGCUCCCCAGCCUCCAGCCUCCUCUACCCUUGCCCACCUGGAUCCAGCCCUGGGUCCCCUUGCCUCCCUGGAUCCAGCCCUGGGUCCCCUUGUCUCCUGGACCCCAGCCUCCAGCCCCUGCCCCUCUGGCUCUUUGAACCCCCUAGUGCUCCCUAGCCUCCAGCCCUUGGCCCCCAACCUCCAACCUCCAUGUGCCCCCCCACUCUCCCAGCCUCCAGCACUUGGAUUCCUGCCUCAAGCCCCCCUGGCCCCCAGUCCCAUGAGCCCCCUGCCUCAAGCCCCCCUGGCCCCCAGCCCCAUGGUCCCCAGGCCCCGUCAACCCCGGCCCCCUGCCUCAAGCCCUCCUGCUUCCAACCAGCCGCCCCCCUCUCCAUAUUUCGUUCUGACCCAUCAGCUUCUCUCCUUACCGCCUCUGCUGUCCUCUCCUGAUCCAGCUAUAACCCGACCAUCGCCCCCUCAAGCCCCCGCUCCAAGCCCCAGAGACCCAACCACAGCCCCCCCCCCAACCAUCCUACAGAGACUGCCUCCCCCUCCACCCUCCAUGUACUGUCCCCUCCUCCUGUAUAUAGUAUCUGCCUUGGUGAAGCACAAUGCUGUGUAAAAUAGCUUAUUUAGUCCAGUUCAGGCCCUGCCUGGUCUGUAUUUAACUAAUUGUAGAACUCAGAGAGCAGGCUGUAGGUGCCUGUUGGAAAAAGGGCUUAGAUUGAAGUAGCCCCUGGUCGGUACUAUUUUGUUCUGAAUCUUACUCCAGCAGAUCAGACUCUUCUCUUCUCCCUCCUACUCCUCUGAACGUAAAAUGGCCAAAUAAUUGGACAUCUAAGAAGCCUAGAGGAAUGAGAGAGCGUGGCCAGCCCGGCACAAGCAAGAGCAAAGUGUUACACAAAAUGAAAGUCUUUCAUUUCCAUUCCUCCUUCACCCCUUCUUAUUUCCAUUGUGAUAUGUCCGUGAGAGCAGACUUUUGGGAAAGGGGCCGUUCAUUCCUCCUUCACCCCUUCUUAUUUCCAUUGUGAUAUGUCUGUGAGACCAGACUGUUGGAAAAGGGGCCGUUCAGUUUUACUAUUCAAAUGAAUUAUCAUAUUUUUCUCCCAAUUUCUUGGAAAGAUAAUAAUGUAUCAGCUUUUAGGUCUCUGCUUGUAAAGACAACUAGCUAACACAAAAAGCAAAAAGCACAUUGAACUCCUUAUAAGGGAAAAGAGAGCCUAUAUGGACCAACAACAUCCUCUCAUGCUGUUUAUGUACGUCUUCUUCAGGGCAACCCAGUUCUUUGCAUUCUAGAGAGGAUUCCUAAUGCCGGAAAAACAACACUAGUCUUGUCCGAGAGUCAAAACUAACAAACAAGGAAAAAAGGACGAGAAAAUACAAAAAUAUCAAGUUGUGUAUU